AUGGAGGAAAACCCAUCUCCGGGAUCAUCAAGAAAUGGGGCCAUGCGCCGCCGCGACGUGGUGGUGGAUGACGAUGGUGUAGAUAAGACUACGUGUACAGGGAAGUCCUGUCAAUCUUGUACCGCUGGAGUGAUCGCCGACUGUGUCGCCGUCUGUUGCUGCCCUUGCGCCGUCGUGAACCUUCUUGCACUGGCGUUUAUCAAGGUGCCGUGGAUGGUGGGCCGGAAGUGCUUUAUCAUGGCCAAAAAAAACCGGCGGUUAAAGGAGAAGAGUGAAAGGAGUUAUAGCGACUGUUGUGGGGACACAUUUGGAAUUUCUGGAAAGGGACGGAUAAAUGGAGGAACAGUAUUGGAAAUUGUAUCACCGGAGGAAGAGCUACCGGACAAUUUCAGCGCGGGGUUUGAGGCUGAAGAAUUUUUUCAUUUGGGUUUUGGUAGAGUUUCUUUCACUGGAAUUCCUUGUGAAACAAAGGGUAAUUAG